AUGGAGUUAUUACAAACAUUGAAUGCAUCAUCACCCUUAUUCCCAAAUGACCAGUCCAAGGUAGUCUUUGUGAAGAAGGAAGAUCCAAUCGAGAAGGGUUUCAAGUUAUUGAUCGAUAAUAAUAUAUUGUCGGCACCAGUCUACGAUGAGAAGGAAAAGAAAUAUGUAUCCUUCUUUAGUAUGAUCGAUCUAAUCUAUGAGAUUCUGGAGAUUGUAGAGACGGAGAGUCUGCCUCAAGGAGAUAUCUCAACAGUGUUAACAAACCUCACUGGCAAGAACCUUUUCAACAAACAUCGUGUCAUGGAUAUUGCCAACAUUUCCAAGCGAGAGCCAUUCAUCGUAGUUGGCUCCGACAUGAUGUUGGACCAAGUAGCACGUCUAAUGUCCAAGAACAAGAUCCACAGAGUUGCCGUGCUCGACCAGAGAGGUGAACUUUGCAAUGUUAUCUCAUUGUCUCGUAUAAUUGAGUGCACAGCUCAGUUGUUUGGAGUGGACAAUGGGUUGACAACAGCAGGCGAGAGAACUAUUGGACAACUAAACCUAGGCUGUCAUGAGGUCAUAUCAAUCUGUAAUGAGAAAACUGCAUUGGAAGCAUUCAAGACAAUUGCCCGCUUAGGAAUCAGUGGAAUCGCCAUUACCAACAAAGAGGGUGCCCUGUGUGGAGUGAUCAGUGAUCACGAUCUCAACUUGAUUAAGUCACAUGGACAGUACCUCAGUCUACUCUAUCAACCGCUCUAUGAGUAUUUGGAUGCAAUGAAGAGCUUAACUCAAUCACCAAAGGAGGUGAUCACUUGUAAAUAUAAUGACAAGUUCAAGGAUGUUGUCCAGAAGGUGUCCGAGAACAAGAUACAUAGGAUCUUUGUAGUGGACGACAACAACAAACUCAUAGGAGUGAUCUCAUUGCUUGACAUUUUGGAGCAGAUAGUCUGGUCGCAGAGACAGAAUCCUCAGCAAUGA